GAAGGAUUGUGUCAACAAAGCCAUGCUUGGGAGAUAUCUCUGGUGAAGAGUUGUCGAUUUAUUAAAAAGAAGAAAAGUCUGCAGGUGGUCGUGAGGUUUGCUUAGAUGCUGACCUUACGACUUGUGUCAACUCAUUUCUUAAAGCAGCCAUAAAUUGAGAGAAAGAUGUGUCGAGACAGGGAUAUGAAUCCAUAACAACCUAAAGAAAUAUAUUUUUUUUUUAUUGCAAUAUCAAUAAUUUGCACUCAUAUUUACAUGUUUAACAGAGUGCCAGUAAAUUAUCUAUUUUGAAAGACAAACUCAAGAUUCCCUAUUAACAUACAAACAAAAAAUUUAUUCAAUAAUUAAAUAUUAAUAAUUCUCUUUAACUGACUAAUUAUCUGAAACAGCUUAUCCUUUCCUGACGUACAUGCAUAUUAAUAACAAUUGCCAGUUCAUAAAAAUAAGACUUGAAGAAGAUUUCUGAGAAAAAGAAGAUAUAAGAAAGAGAAAAAGAAGAUAUACGAAAGAAAUUUCAACAAAAAAAAUUAAAAAAAUUCAUCAUACAACAGACAUUUGAUCUACCAAUCUGUGGAACAUAGCAAAGGAGUGUAUUUAUUACAACUUUAUUUUUGGCUUUGGUCAACGCUUUUUGUUUGCUUCGCAACUUCAUCUUAUGAGUGUGGGUGGGGUGGGGGAUUUACUUGCUGUGACAUCAUGAGGAGACCAAAUCUUUGUAACAACUCAGUUACUGUCGCUGACGAUUCGUACAAACCUACACAAAAAAAUAAGGAAGAAAGUACAAGAUUAAGCCUAGUUAGAAGGGUUCUUGGUGGUGGGUCUAAAAAGAAAGAACUUUUCAAGUCCUUCGGAGUUCCUCUUUCAGAACUCAGCCUUUCACCAAUGUCUGUACCCGUCGUCCUGCAAAAUAUCUGCCUCUUCAUUGAACUACAUGGAUUAAAAGUUGAGGGUCUAUGGAGAGGGGUAUGCAGUAGCGGACUUGUUGAAGAUUUAAAAAAUCAAUUAAACCGUGACUGUGAGUCUGAAAUCGAUCCUAACACUGAUGUCUCAGCUGUCGCUCUCUUGCUGUUGGUUUGGCUUGGAGACCUGCCGCAACCUUUACUUUCCUAUCAAGCCACCAGUGAUCUCACAGCAUUGAUAAAAAAAGACACUGUAGAUAGUGUAUGGUGGGAAGAGGGCCUUGUAUCUCUGGGUCUCAUUCGGUUGAAUAGCCUACAAACUCUUGUUCGCCUGCUGCAUCAUUAUACUACGGUUCACCCAUCAUCUUUAUCUUAUAUCCCAGCAGUGUUUGCCCCGCUCAUCACACCUCCUCACUACUUCAGCUCCAGCUCACUCGAUCUAAUGACCAGCCUUAUAAUCAGCUACUCCAACAUAUUCAAGAACAGGGAGACAAGUAUGAAUCUUUCUGCUAAAACUGAACUAAACAACAUUUCUGAAGACAAUAGGCAGAAAGCUUUAAUCAUAUUUGAUCCCAACCAAAAUCAUAAACAAAGAAAACGAAAGGAAAGGCAGGAUUCAACAUCCCUUGAUAUGGAAAGAAAGUUUGUUCGCUCUAAUAGUGAAGAGCGGCCUUUUACAAAACUUGAGGAAAAAAUAUCUGGAGAUGGUCGAGAUUCUAUGAGAAGGGUAAACAGUCAUGAAGACUUCUCAAAAGCUAGGAACAUUACCCAUCAGAGUAGAAAAAUUACAGAGCCAUUACAUGAACGCAAUUGCUGCUCACCAGAGAGGAAAGAAGAGGAAUACAGCAUAGGAGAACAACUAACUACUACAGUUGGUUAUGCAAGUGAUUUGUAUGAUGACAGUGAGCAUGAGAGGAGGCGUAACAGUGAAAGGUUUGCUCCGCAGGCAAGGAGAAGACGGACUAAACAUUAUAGAUCUUCUCAAGCUAAAGAAAAUGAUUCCACAUCUGGACAUAAGCAAAAGCACACUUUUAAGCACCAAUCUUUUCGCCUGAAUAGUACUAUCAUUUAUAAUAGUCUUCCUAGCACACCACAUGAAUUCCCUACUGUUGAUUUCAAGGAAUCAUUUAAGGAACCUGAUCAGGAUGAGGAAAGGUCUCCGUCACCAAUAUCUGGAGUUUCAAGCCCUACUCUGGAUAUGAACACGUUUCAAGAAAAUGACAAUGAACCUCUGACUGCAUGGAACAACAUUUUAACUCCUUCCGAAGAAAGAUUGGUGUCUCCCCGCAACUCUAUUGUUAUGAGCAAGAGGACUUUCACUGCUAUGCAGCCAGAAGACGAUCCAGUUAUUUCAGAUUUGACUACACAAAUUACCAACUUGAAACGGAAGCUAAAGAAAUAUGAAGAUGGUUUUGAAAAAGAAUUUGGUUUCAAACCUUCUCAUGCUGAUAAAAUGGCCAAUCCUGACACCAAGAGAAUGUGUGCUAUGUUGAGUAAACUUCGAAAGCAACUCAAAUCAACAAAAGAAGAAUGCAGUAAAAUCAUGGGUUUUGAAAAUCAGUCUAAACCUGUUAUUAAAGAGGCUGUAGUCAACGAUAUAGAAAAGAAGUUAGCUGAUAGGCGUGCUGCAGCUGGGCGUAGUGAUAAAAUUGAAAAUAUGAGUCCUGAAGAAGUGAUAGAAGAAAAGUGUGUUAUGCAAAAGGCUCUACUUGGCCUUGAAGCAGCUUAUGGAAGACCUGAGUCCAAGGAGGAACGUGAACUUGUUCGUGGGUUAUAUGAUCGCUACAGAACUCUUAAAAGGACUCUUCUCCGACAUGCCCCUUCAAAGGUGAAGGAGAGUGUUUCUGAAUUAGGAACUAUACUUGAACAUGAAGCAAUGGAAUUCAACCCAGCCCAGCCUAGGGCUACAACACCUGCAGCUACAGCUUCUUCUGACACUCUAGAAGAUUCACCUUCUGAGUCACUCCUAGCUGAUCUUCAUGCUCUUCCUCCGCAUCAGUUAUUAGAGCUGGCCAAGACUACAAGGGAAGAGAAAAAACGUCUUAGACGAAACCUCCGAGAAUAUGAACAAGAAUUUCAAGCAAAGACUGGCAGAAAGCCUCAAAAAGAAGAUAGGCAAUCAUUGGACACCCUUUAUCUUGAAUACAAAAAUGCUAAAGCCAAACUGCGGUUCAUCGAUGCACUUGUCGCCAAAUUAAAAUAAAUGUUUUAUCUUAUUAAUUUUGAAUGCAUUUCUAACAUUUAUAAACAAUUUGUGAAGUUCUAUAUAUUUUUUAAUUAAAUGACAAGACUUAAGUCAUGUUUAAAUAACAGAAGUGUUAAUUUUGAUAAUUCAUUUCAAGUGAAUGAUCAUCAUUGUCUCAAGACAUUUUUAAUCAGUGAAAUGAACUGCUAUUUGUUUUUUUGUUUUUUUAAUGAAGAUUAUAUGAACUAUUUUUUGUGUAAGUAACAUGUAUUUUUAUUUUUCUCAUAAUGAACCGUAAUUAUAUAUUUUAUUUAUGUAUUAUAAUAGUUCCUUUUUUAUUUACAAAUGAUCUGUAUAGUAGGUCUGUUAUAUAUUUAUUUUAUAAUUUAUUUGUAUCCAUAAUAUUUAAUAAUUAUUUAAAGAUUUUAUGAUUAUUAACAAUAUUUAUUAAUACAACCUAAAAUCCAAGGUUUUAAAAUAGUUUGAUUGCCAAAGUAGGUGUCUUGGGUUUUUUAAAAAAUUUUCUAAGGCCAAUCCUCUCACAAAGAGAAAACCCAUAUUAUUGAGCAUUUUAAUGACUUUAAUGUCAUUAAUUUGCAUAGUUCAUGUUUCUUUAGCAUUAUAAAUUUGUCUAUUGAAUAUUUUUAUACAAGUAGAUAUUUCUAAGUUCAAUAUAUAGUUCUGCAUUAUUUAAUUUCUGUUUAUUGAAAAAAAAAAAACGUGUGCUUCUAUAAGAAACAAUAUGUUUUUUAGUGUUGUGACUGAUAACAUCAAUGCAGUUCUAACAUUUCAUGAAAUGAUAAAUGUAUGUUUUAAUGUUUAAGUCAGUAUUUUUUUUUUAAUUUUUAUUUUAAUUUCAUUUCAUAUAUGUCUAAUGAUUUUUUUUUUUUACAUUAUACAGUAGGCUCUCCUUUUGCUGCCAUUGCCAUGAAUAAACAAAAUAUCAAGAUACAAAUAUUCUUUAACUAACUAAUUAUAAAGUGCAAGGGCAUAAAAUGCAAGAAAAAUCAAUAAACUGUUGUACAGAAGAUUACUGGCAAAUCCUGAUGAC